AUGGAUAUUUCGUGGGAGUUGUUUCAGACUGCUUUCUACAAAAAGUAUUUUUCUGAAUCAGUAAGGGGGGCCAUAGAGUUAAAGUUUAUGCAGAUGAAGCAAGGUUCAAUGUCUAUGGCCGGGUAUACGAGUAAGUUUGUGGAGUUCUGUAGGUUCUCAAGGGUAUGUCGAGGAUCCCCUGAGUCCUAUGAGGGUUGGAAGUGUGUAAGGUACCAAAGAGGUCUAAGGAAAGCUAUUAUGAAUGUUGUAGUUCCAUUUGAGAUUCGGAGAUUCUCUGAAUUGGUGAACCAGGCAAGAAUUGUUGAAGAUUAUGCCAAGAAGACAGCUUUGGUGAGAGAUGAUCAUGGCGGUACUAGUAGCAAAGGUCGUGAGAAGUAUGUUCCAUCAAGAGGCUAG